CGUGCGUCCAGGCGGCGGCGACGUGGCACGCUCGUCCACGCGCGCGAGACAUGAAUGAGCUUUUUCGCGGGGCCGCGGGUUCCGGGAUCGAGCAGCGCCAGCACCGAGAAUCAUUGAUCCUUCUCCCCCCUGGGGGAGCCGUUACGCCGGCAACGUCACACGCCGAGACGCGUGCACGCCGCGGUCCGCUCUCGGUGACGACAGUAGCUCCCGGCCGGAGGCCUGGCCGAUCCUCAUGAAUGCAACAAUAUGGAAAGACACCCGCGAGUCGCGGCGGGCUCGUCGGCGGAAGAGGAGCAAGGGAUAGUGACAGAUUUUGGGAGACGUAGACGAAGGGAUCAGAUUGUGUGCUGAAGAAGUUAAAAGUCGACAGCUUGAAUGAAAAGUAUCUUGGGCAGGUGGGAUGUUUGUGGAGUUGUAGUAGUUUAAUUAGUGAAACUGAGAAACGUAAGGGUUAGAAGACAGUUUCAGACAGUUGGCUGGCUAGAGCUUAGGGGAUCGUUUGAUCGAUCAGUUUAUCUUUAUGCAACCGGGCGUCGGUUUGUACGUAAGAUUGUGCGUUGAAGAUGUUAGAGAUUGACGCCUUGAAUGAAAAGCAUCUUGGACAGUUGGAGAUGUUUGUGAAGUUGUAAUGAUUGAAUAUGUGAAACUGGGAGAUGGAAGGAUAAUAGAGGACAGUUUGAGACAGUCACCGGCUGGCUAGGGGAUCGCUUGAUCGAUCAGUUUUUCAUUAUGCGAUCGGAUGUCAGUUUGUACACUUGUUGCCGGUGGCUCCCGUUGAUCCAGGCUCGCUGGUUUAGUUCCUUGAUUCUGAUUGGAGGGAACGGCGAAGAAGAUUGCUCGUUACCCGCUCGCUGGAGUAAUUGAUUUUUAUUUCCGGCGUGGUUAGAAUGGAUGACGCACGACGCGCACUAUAGUUUCCGGGGUGUCUGACCAGUGACAGGCUGUACUACUUGUUUGCACUGGACUGAUCGUGAAGCAGUGGAUCGAUGAAUUUGUUGGAAAGUUGAGACUGUCGUUACGAAGAGGAGGUGUUUGCUAUUGGAUUGAUGGCGACAAAUGGAGAUUGUCCAUUGGAUUUUGUAAUUGUAUUUCACGAAGAAUGAAAUUUGAAGAAAGGUCUCCUGAAACGAUCGAUGUAAAUAUAUUUUGUAAAGGUGGAAACGAGGAUGAAUUAUUUUUUAGACAAUCUUCGUUCACGUGCCAAGGAGGAAAUGUAUUUUCGGAUGAAUUAUUUUUGAAUGUUUGUAAGUACAACGACGAGCUGAAGAAAAUGGAGGACGAACAACGUGCAACGAUACUUGAGACAAUCGAUGAACAGAAUCGAGCUUAACGAAGAACUUGUGAUAAAUUAGCUACAAUUGUAGGACAAGUAGAUCGACGUAAAGAAACAGAAGGAUUAAACGAAAUAUUCAGAUCACCGGGACAAUGAAUUUUCCAUUGAAGAACAACGUGUUCGCUGCGAACAAGUUCCACUGGAUGCAGAACUGGCAUUCGUUGAACAUGGAUCUGAGGACGUUCCAGCCAUCGGCCAACUUCGCGUCGUAUUCGCUCUCGUAUCAUCCGUACAACAAUUUCUCGGUGUCUGCGUAUCAGAAUUACCUCGACUUCCAUCAUUACGUCAGAUCACGACUGAUGAUCACGUCGUUCGAUCAUCGAUUUUGCUGCUACGAUUCGAAGAACAUCUGCUCGUAUCUGUUCGACUCCCCGGUAUCCCUCGGAUCAGCAGGCUCGCCGCUCGGGAUCCAGCCGGCGGACGCUCCUUCACCCAUAAACUUUCCUGCUCCAGGAGAGAGCAUGGCCGACACCUCGACCCUGUCGCCGGAGGCUAACAUGCCGGGCUCGCCGGGCUGCCCCGUGGUCAAAGUGAAAAGCGAGUAUCUGCUAGGCAUCCCGAGUCCGGGGACGCCGCGGGACCCUCUACGCGGCGGUGUCGCGGUGGCCGGCAUGGAGGCGCGGGACACUGGGUGCCCGGACAGGGCGUCGCCAGACUCGGUCUUCCCGGAUGCGACGUCGAUGGUGGGCUUCAGAGUGGUCGAGGAGCAACAGCACCAGCAACACCAGCAACAGCGUUCCGGUACCCCGGCGCCAGCCAGGUCGUCGCCUUACUCGCCCAUUCAGGCUGUCUCCACGACCCCCAUGCCCCAAGAAGCGACCUCCAGGAGCGACAGCCCGGAUAAAGGUGACUUGUCCUCCGCUCAAACUAAAGAGGAGUCCGACAACUCGGUUUUCGAUGGAGGAGGCGGCAGCAGCACCGGCAGCGGCGGCGGUGGACGCUCCGAGACCUCCAGUCAACCCAGCCAUCGGAGUAGCCCGUCCUCUCAGUACAAUUCUAACCAGAGCAUGAGCCCCAGUGCGAGCACCCAGCAUGGCAGCCAAAGUGCACAGCAGCAGCAGCAGCAGCAGCAGCAGCAGCAACAGCAGCAGCAACAACCGCAGACCCCGCCGACACCACCCAGACCUCGGGCGCCAUCGGUGCCGCCUCAUCUUCUGGCCCAUCACCAAUUUUGGUCGCAGAACUCCGGUGUACAGGGAUUCGCCACGCAAAGGCUACUUAAUGGGGUUAUCAGCAGCGCCGUUAACUACGGGCAGAACGUCGCGGUCGUGUCCACCAGCAGCGGGAACACGAACUUGGCCGGCAGCGCGGGGAACGGAGGUAAUGGAGCUACGUCCGGGAACACGUGCGCCACUACGACUGCGUCCGCGUGCGAAACGAUGAAACCCCCGGCGCAAAGGCCGGCGCCGGCACCCCCGAGACCGCCGCCCACGGUGAUUAUGGGCGAGAUCGGCGGCGUAAGGACGAUGAUUUGGUCCGCGCCGCCGUUGGACCCGGUACCGCCGCCAGCUGCGUCGUGGACGACCACCGCCGCGGCGGCUUCCUGUUCUUCAUCGGAAGAAUCGGCCGCCCAGUUACUCCUGAACCUGGGACAAGAGUCCAGGGGCAAACCACCCUCCGCCUCCUAUUCGUCCGGCCCGCCGCUCAACAUGGAGAGGUUAUGGGCCGGCGACAUGACGCAAUUGCCGGCCGCCCAGCAGAUGCAGGCGCUGAAUCUGACGGCGUCCGGUUCCAGUCAAACGUGGGUAAGAAACGGAGGGGUCGUGAAAUCGGAGUCGGCGUCGCAGUCGAUGUCCGUCGCGCCUCCGGCGCCACCGAUGCCGCCUCAGGAGCACGAGGAAGACGAGACGCCUAUGAUAUGCAUGAUCUGCGAAGACAAGGCCACCGGUCUUCACUACGGCAUCAUCACGUGCGAAGGGUGUAAAGGGUUCUUCAAAAGGACCGUUCAAAAUAGGCGGGUGUACACGUGCGUGGCAGAAGGUGGCUGCGAAAUCACAAAAGCCCAAAGAAACAGGUGUCAAUACUGUCGCUUCAAAAAGUGCAUUGAACAGGGUAUGGUCCUCCAGGCAGUUCGAGAAGAUCGGAUGCCUGGUGGCAGAAAUUCUGGUGCUGUGUAUAACCUUUACAAGGUGAAAUACAAAAAGCACAAGAAAAGUAAUAAAACGAGCGGAGUGGGAGGUAGUAUGGGUGGCAUGGGUGGCGGUGGUAACGUUGGCGGUGUGAACGGGUCGGGAUCCCUGGGUGGCACGAAAAGCACCAUGGGCUCGACGAUGCUGGACAAACACAUGGCCGCGGCCGCGGCCGCUCACCAUAGCCAACAGCAGCACGCUCAGCUUGCUGGUGGUUUCCUUCAUCAUCACAAAAUUUCGUCGGGCGACCCGCUCAACUCACAACCUACCCCCAGUCAUCCGAGUCACCCUGCGCAUUCGGGUCAUCUCGUCAACGGGACGAUCUUGAAGACGGCGCUCACCAACCCCUCCGAAGUGGUACAUUUAAGGCAGAGGCUAGACAACGCUGUGAGCAGUUCGAGGGAUCGAGCAUUCCCUUUGGACACGACCCUCGCCAUGAUCCAAACCCUUAUAGACUGCGACGAGUUCCAAGAUAUCGCCACGUUGAGGAACUUGGACGAGCUGCUGGACCAUAAAUCAGACUUAAGUGAGAAGCUGUGUCAGAUAGGAGACAGCAUAGUGUACAAGUUGGUGCAGUGGACCAAAAGGUUACCGUUUUACCUUGAGCUACCGGUCGAAGUUCACACAAGGUUGCUCACCCACAAGUGGCACGAACUCUUGGUGCUGACCACCUCCGCCUACCAAGCGAUGCAUGGUCAGCACAAGUUCACCAACGUCGGUACCGACGGGACGGGAGCGGAUUUUAUGCAAGAAGUUUCGAACAACAUGUAUACGCUACAAACGUGCCUGACCAGCAUGAUGGGCCGGCCAAUUACCAUGGACCAAUUACGGCAAGACGUAGGGCUCAUGGUGGAAAAGAUCACAUACGUUACGCUAAUGUUCAGGAGGGUGAGGCUACGGAUGGAAGAGUAUGUCUGUCUGAAAGUAAUCACCAUGCUCUCACAAGAUGCAAAAUCACGUGGAGGUACAAUGGAAUUAGAACAAAUACAAGAACGGUACAUGAGCUGCCUGCGAAGUUUUGUCGAACACAGCGCGCCUCAACAGCCAAGCCGAUUUCAUGAUCUCCUCGUCAGGUUGCCGGAAAGGUCGAUCUGA